GUGACGCAGUGAUUUGGAGUCCAAGACGGGAGUAGUUUUACCAUCCCUUAUAUUCUCCCAUCACUCACCAUUCAUGCUUAGGUGCUGAAAAGGGUCCUUGAAGAAGACUAACAGUACAGUAUAUUGAGACUUACUGUAAGAUGGCCUCCUAGCAACUGCUUGGAUUAUUGUGUUCUACAGAAUGGAUAUAAUCAAGUUGCCCAUUGAGAAAUGGACAGAGGAUCAAGUGAGCUCCUGGCUACGUGGCAUAGGAGUUAAAGAGAAGUACGUUAGCAAGCUCUGUGAUGAGGAAGUGGAUGGACCAGUCCUCCGUGACAUAACUGAAGACUAUCUCAUAAACAAAACAGGAAUGAAAUCGGGGCAAGCUUUUUUGAUCCUCAGUAACAGAGAUCAGCUCAAACAAUUAAUUAAGAAAACUCAAACGGUUAAAGGAAAACAGCAACAACUCACAACAAAAGAAAUCUCAGAGGGUCUGAAGGAGCCACAAAUUGGAAAAGAGACAGAAAACCCAUCUAUGGUUGGCGAAAAGAUCUUAGGUAGUCACAAAGAUGAUAAAACACCAAUAUGCCAACAUCCUAUCACUGCUAAUAAAACCACAGGAAGCCAGAAAGCUGCAGAAGAACCACUGCCAGACCAAACUCCUCCUGAGGAGGCACAAGGUCCAUCUGUGGUUAGCAAAAAGAUCUUGGAUAGUCAGAAGAAUGUAAGCAAAACAAUGCAGCAAUGUCCCCCUGUUGCCAAUGAGACCUUGAGCAGUAAGGAUAGUGCAGAACGCAAAACAAAUCCUGUAAAGGAGACCGUGGUCAUGCCAUUCACAAAGAAGGACUGUAAACCCAGACCAUUUGGGAAAGGGGGCAUUCAUUUCACAUAUAUCAGUUCCAAUGUCCUUCAGCCUGAAUCUGGCAUUUCUGAUCUUAUUUCUCCCUGUCAUGAGUACAAGUCAUUUGCCAUUGCUGCCAAAUUAGACCGCCCUAGAUUACAGGCAAAGUUUGCUAGAGAAGUUCUCAAAUUUGGUACUGGUUGCAUGAACAUCAGAUCCAAUGGCACAAUCCAUUUUGGAGUUAUGGAUAGUAGGGAGGACACAGGCUACAUUCAUGGUGAAAUUAUUGGCAUACCAGUGUUAGACAAAGACAUUUAUGUUGACGCUCUAGAUCACAUAGAGAGAUGUUACUCUCGUUUUGAUGCUGAAGAUGUAAGGCAAUGCAUACGGCCGCCAGAGUUCAUUGAGGUCACUGGCAUAUGUACAGAUGAGAAGAAGUAUGUUGUGGAAGUUGACAUUGUACCUUUAAUAAGCAUUGUGAGGAACAGAGUUUAUACUGUUCGCCUGCCAAACUUUAAUGAGAAGUCCAACAAAGUCAUACAUGAGAAGGACGCUAUCUUUUGUAGGGUGGGUGCUACAACCAGGCCAGUGGAUAACCAAAAUGACUUUUACCAGCGGGUCUCUACUCGGGAUGCACAAAGAGAAGCUGUAGAGAACCGUGAGUGUGUCACCAUGCCAGAAGCCUGCCCGGACCUGGGGAGGAAACUGACAAUGCUUGUUACAGGUGGGAAGACAUAUCUUGAGAAGUGUUCAGAAUGGUUCUAGAAUGGUUCAUCCUGGUUACAAACAAAUUCUGCAGUGAACACUUGAGCAGCAUUGACUUUUUACUGAAUAUGAGGAUCUUCUGUGUCUUUGAUUUUGAUCCUGACUCCAAUUUGUCUGGACU